GGAAAUGUUCUGCUGCUGCUCUAGAUGUCCUGGCUAAUGUAUUUCGUGAUGAACUUCUGCCACACAUCUUGCCCCUUUUGAAGGAAUUGCUCUUCCAUCCUGAAUGGGUAGUUAAAGAAUCUGGUAUCCUUGUUCUUGGAGCAAUUGCUGAAGGCUGCAUGCAGGGUAUGAUUCCAUAUCUUCCUGAGCUGAUCCCUCACCUUAUUCAGUGCCUCUCUGACAAAAAGGCUCUUGUGCGCUCCAUUACAUGCUGGACUCUUAGUCGCUAUGCACACUGGGUAGUUAGUCAACCCCCAGACACAUACUUGAAGCCAUUAAUGACUGAGUUGCUAAAGCGUAUCCUGGAUAGCAACAAGAGAGUACAAGAAGCUGCCUGCAGUGCCUUUGCUACUCUAGAAGAGGAGGCUUGUACAGAGCUUGUUCCUUAUCUUGCAUAUAUACUUGACACUUUGGUCUUCGCAUUUAGUAAAUACCAGCAUAAAAACCUGCUCAUUCUUUAUGAUGCUAUAGGAACUCUAGCAGAUUCUGUAGGACAUCAUCUAAAUAAACCAGAAUAUAUUCAGAUGCUAAUGCCUCCAUUAAUCCAGAAGUGGAACAUGUUGAAGGAUGAAGAUAAAGAUCUCUUCCCUUUAUUAGAGUGCCUGUCGUCAGUUGCUACUGCCUUGCAAUCUGGCUUUCUUCCGUACUGUGAACCUGUGUACCAGCGUUGUGUAAAUCUGGUGCAGAAGACUCUUGCACAAGCCAUGUUGCACAAUGCUCAGCCAGACCAAUAUGAGGCUCCAGAUAAAGAUUUCAUGAUUGUGGCUCUUGAUUUACUCAGUGGUUUAGCUGAAGGACUUGGAGGCAACAUUGAACAGCUAGUGGCUCGCAGCAAUAUCCUGACACUAAUGUACCAAUGCAUGCAGGAUAAAAUGCCUGAGGUACGGCAGAGUUCUUUUGCAUUGUUAGGUGAUCUGACAAAGGCGUGUUUUCAGCAUGUUAAGCCUUGCAUCGCUGAUUUCAUGCCUAUUUUGGGAACCAACCUAAACCCUGAAUUCAUUUCUGUGUGUAACAAUGCCACCUGGGCAAUUGGAGAAAUCUCUAUCCAGAUGGGUAUAGAGAUGCAGCCUUAUAUUCCAAUGGUGUUGCACCAGCUUGUAGAAAUAAUUAACAGACCCAACACACCAAAGACAUUGUUAGAGAACACAGCAAUAACAAUUGGUCGUCUUGGUUACGUUUGUCCUCAAGAGGUGGCCCCCAUGCUACAGCAGUUUAUAAGACCCUGGUGCACCUCUCUGCGAAACAUAAGAGACAAUGAGGAAAAGGAUUCAGCAUUCCGUGGGAUAUGUACCAUGAUCUCGGUCAACCCCAGUGGAGUAGUCCAA